GGUCAAUGAAUGAACUGGUUAAAUAUAGUUUGGUGAUCAUGCCAAAGUCUUUAUUUUAAACAUUGUUUCACUAGAAAAGGUUUGGAUAUGUACAGUUGGUCUAGAUGUAUAGAGUAUUGCAACAAACGUGACCAUCUUUGCUAUGUAUGCAAAGGUAAUUUAGAACAGCAUCUAUAUGUAAUUAAACUUGCUUGCACAGUCCAGGUGUUCUUCGAAGGACGCUUUCAGUUUAGGAGUUGUAGAAUGCUGUUGGAUGUGAUAGGAUAGGUUUGGGCACGUGACAGGAAGUCCGCCACAACCCGGCGAGCAGUCGGUGUGCAUCUAGAGAACUAUAAAUCUACCGACAUGGAUUUGAUUCGUUCUAUCACACACCCGGACGAGCUGCUGGCGCUGCUGAAGUUCAAAUAUGGAGGAGGUCGAGAAACGGUUAUGCCUCUUAACCAAGUGGAGACUUUGUCUUCAGACAUGCAACUGUGCUUUGAACUGUUGAACAGAACAAGUCGUAGCUUUGCAGCUGUGAUUCAAGCUUUAGAUGAAAAACUUCGGUUUCCUGUUUGUAUAUUCUAUUUGGUGCUUCGUGCCCUUGACACAGUGGAAGAUGACAUGACAAUACCAACUGAGGAGAAAGUAAGCAUGCUGAAGUCAUUUUAUACACAUUUGGAGGAACCUGGCUGGUGCUACAUGGGCUGCAAGGACAAGGACAAAAUUGUACUGGAAAACUUUUCAACAGUGUCUGCUGAAUAUCGUAAACUUGAUGAGGUAUAUCGUAUUGUGAUCAGCGAUAUCUGCAGAAGAAUGGGAGAAGGCAUGACUGUGUUUUUAGAAACACAUCCUGAUUCUUUGGAAGACUGGGACAAGUAUUGUCAUUAUGUUGCUGGUCUGGUUGGCAUCGGGCUGUCUCGGCUGUUUGCUGCAUCACAGUUGGAGGAUGAAUGUGUUGGACAAGAUGAGCAUCUUGCUAAUUCUCUGGGACUAUUUCUGCAGAAGACAAACAUAAUAAGAGAUUAUUUAGAAGACAUCAAUGAGGACAGACAAUUUUGGCCAAAAGCAGUGUGGAGUCUUUAUACCAAACAGCUAGCUGACUUCAAGAUGAAGGAGAACGCUGGUAGUGCUGUACUGUGUCUAAAUCACUUGGUUACAAAUGCAAUGCAACAUGCUCCUGAUGUGUUGGCGUACAUGUGUCGGAUCAGAAAUCAAAGUGUUUUCAACUUUUGUGCUAUUCCUCAGGUUAUGGCAAUUGGAACGUUAGCAAGAUGCUAUAAUAACCAUGAUGUCUUCACUCGAGUGGUUAAAAUUCGACGUGGUGAAGCAGUUCGAAUGAUGAUGGAAGCCACAAGCAUGGAGUCACUCAAGCAAAUUAUGCAUCAAUCAACUUGUGAAAUUGGAUCAAAGAUACCAUUUGCUGAGCCAAAUGCUAUUCAAACACUUCAAAUUGUGCAGAAAGUGAUGAAGAUGUGCUCAAGUGAAGCCUCAACUAUUGAAAGAUCUCCAGAAAGUCAAAGUGUUCUAAUAUCAGUACUUGGCAGACUAAAAUAUGUAGCAGCAGUGGCUGUGUUGGCAUUCACAUGGCAGUAUUGGUCGAUAUAACAUAAAUAAAUACUGGAGAUUGACAUAUGCACAUAUCAGUGACUGUGAACUUAUUGCAUAAUUAUUUGGUGUAGUGUAUUAAUUCAAUUAGACAUAGAGUAUGCUCUCUAUUCUGAUUAACUGUUACUGCCCUGUGGAUAGGUAACCACAAGUAAACUUUCAGAGCCAUAUAGGGUGUGUGUUGCU